AUGGUAAAAACGGAGGGGGAAACGGUGGAAAUAGAGGUGAAGGCGGUGGAAACGGAGGUGGAGACGGUGGAAACGGAGGUGGAGACGGUGGAAACGGUGGUAGAGACGAUGGAAACGGAGGUGGAGACGGUGGACACGGAUGUGGAGAUGGUGGAAAUGGAGGUAAAGACGGUGUGUCUAAGAUGGUGGAUACGAAGAAACAUAGAUACAGACUGUAGAAACGGAGGUGGAGGUGGAGACGGCGGAAACGGAGGUGGAGGUGGAGACGGCGGUAAUGGAGGAAAUGGUGGAAGCAUCGACGGCUGCGUCAUUGAUUGCUCCCUCGAAAAGUAUCUGCCACAUCCAAGUGACUGCCGCAAGUUCAUCCAGUGUGCCCCGUAUGGUCCUGAAGAGAUGCCUUGUGCUCCUGGAACGGUCUGGAACCAACAGAAACCCACCUGUGAUCACGAAUGGGCUUCUCCGUGUGUGACAGGCAGCUACUUGACUCCGGAAGGUCUGCCAUAUGGAGGAGGUAGUAACAGAAAUGGAGGUGGAAACGGUGAACAAUCGUCGAAACGGUGGAAAUGA